AUGAAUAAAUGGUAUGCUUCACAGGAAAGUAAAACCUCUAAACCAUUGCUUAAUAAUAGUUCAGAGAAUCCUCAACCUAAUAAUAGUUUAGAGAAUCGUCAAGAUAAUUUUAACUUCCAACAAUCAUAUGAUUAUGAGACUUCUCAACCACAAACUCCUUUAGCUGGUGACCGUUUAGAUACUUCCCUAUUACAAUCACAGAAUGAUCUUUUUUUAAAUACUCAACAAUCACAAAAUUCCACCACUACUACCACUACCACAAGUGAUAACUAUUGGGAAUGUUUUGAUACUACUGUUAUGAAUGAUUUCAUUCAAUCACCAAAGAGUAAUGCAGUCCUUAAUUUUAACAAAAAUGAUGAGAAAGUGUUACAGCAAAGAUAUGAUCCUGCAGAAGGAGCAAACACUCAUCAAGAUAAAAUUUAUCUAUUCCAACCAAGUAAAAUAUCAAAAACCUCUAAUAAUAAUUCCUCUUAA